GUCAGCUAUAGUUACUUGGAAGUGCUGUAACUGGAUGUCGUUUUGCACAUCUCCAUUAAAGGAUGAAGAUGAUUUAUCUGCUCUGGUUGGUGGGUCUUUGCCUUGCUCGUGCCUGCCAGAGAUUUCCUAAUGAGGUCAAUGUAGCUCUGAAAGGAACUGCAGAGCAGUCAUCUCUGUAUCAUGAUGCUGGAAUAGCUUCACAUGCUAUCGAAUGGGAACCAUGACAGUAUCUACAAUAAAAUGAGCUGCACCCACACCAAUGCUGACUCCACCUCCUGGUGGAGAGUGAACCUGAAGGACACCUAUGAGAUCUCCACGGUCAUCAUCACCAAUAGGGCAGACUGCUGCCACGAGCGCCUUCAAGGGGCUGAAAUACGCAUUGGAGACUCAACUGAUGUUUCCAAAAAUGACAUAUGUGGAACUAUCACUUCAACCGCCCCAGGAUCAGUCCAUACCAUCUGCUGCAAUGGGCUGAAAGGCCGUUAUGUGAAUGUUGUUCUCCCAGGAAAAAGCCAGUAUCUGACCCUGUGUGAGGUGGAGGUCUUUGGAGUCCCAACACCUGAGUGCAAACGCAAACCUAACGAGGUCAAUGUAGCUCUGCAAGGAACUGCAGAGCAGUCAUCUCUGUAUCAUGAUGCUGGAAUAGCUUCACAUGCCAUCGAUGGGAACCAUGACAGUAUCUACAAUAAAAUGAGCUGCACCCACACCAACGCUGACUCCACCUCCUGGUGGAGAGUGAAUCUGAAGGACACCUAUGAGAUCUCCACGGUCACCAUCACCAACAGGGCAGACUGCUGCCACGAGCGCCUUCAAGGGGCUGAAAUACGCAUUGGAGACUCACCUGAUGUUUCCAAAAAUGACAUGUAGGUGUUUCAAUUGCUCAUUAGGUGAA